AUGGCCGACGAAAAAGACGAAACCAAUUCACUCAACCUGCGACAAAAUCGUGACUAUCGCAACCCACUCAAUCGACCCGAUAUACACGAAAACGCGACACUCGUGCCGCUCCGGGCCUCAAUUACCCAAAAUAACCGCAACCAACACGAGUUUGCUAAGUUUAUUUAUUCGCAAAAAAAGAAAAGCAAAGCUAUUUUGAAGCAUUUGAUGGACACGAUAAAAACAACAGAUCUGGGCUUCCAUGAUACAGAAGCUUUAGUUGUUUGA